UUGAAGAUAACUGAGCGGAAGAUAUUUGGCGACGCAGAAGAAACAGACACCUUUCUUAUCUCUCUUUUAUUAUCCUCUCCUUCUCCCAUGGCGGAUAAAUCGAUACUUCUCCACACGCUUCUCUUCUGCUUCGUCUCUUCUUCGGCUUCCGAUCUCUAGCAUUUCCUCUUCUCUCUCCUUCCGAUUCGAUCCUCUUCUCUUCCGAUCAGCCAUGGCUAUCGCCUCUGCUUCUGGUUGCGCUCUUUGCUUCUCCACCGCAUGUAGUUCCCGCGCUCUCCGACGAGGUGGAUGUGCUACACUCUUCUUUGCUCUUCCGAGGAUCGCGCUUGGAUUCUCCGAGAAAAAUCCGGGAAAUGUCGAGAGAUUAAGAUUGUCCGGUUUGAAACUCCAAGCAUCAAAUGCUACAGCUGUGGAGAAUGGAAAGCAAGACGGGGGUGGUGUUGAUGCUGAUAAUGUCCCAACUCCAGUGGUUAUAAUCGACCAAGACUCUGACCCCGAUGCAACAAUCGUGGAAGUUACCUUUGGGGAUCGUCUUGGAGCUCUUCUUGACACGAUGAAUUCGCUCAAAACUCUGGGCUUGAAUGUCACCAAGGCAAAUGUUUACCUCGAUUCUUCUGGGAAGCACAACACAUUUUCCAUUACUAAAGCGGAUACUGGGAGAAAAGUGGAAGACCCUGAAUUGCUUGAGGCAAUCCGACUGACAAUCAUAAACAAUUUGCUCCAGUAUCAUCCGGAAUCAAGUUCCCAGCUGGCAAUGGGAGCAGCUUUCGGGGUCGUUCCACCAUCUCAGCAGGUUGAUGUGGAUAUAGCAACGCACAUAAGCAUUGGAGAUGAUGGUCCCGACCGAAGUUUACUAUACAUAGAAACAGCGGACAGACCAGGACUGUUGGUUGAACUGGUGAAGAUCAUAUCGGAUAUCAACGUUGCUGUGGAGUCAGGAGAGUUCGACACCGAGGGAUUGCUGGCGAAGGCGAAGUUCCAUGUGAGCUACAAGAACAAGGCACUAAUAAAGCCACUCCAACAGGUCAUUGCCAACAGUCUCAGGUACUACUUGAGGCGUCCUUCCACUGAGGAUGCCAGUUUUUGAGCUCAUCUGAACCCUUUAUUAAUUUGAUCAAAUGAUUUUUUUUUUGUCAUCUUUUACCAUUUGGGAGUCACGACUCACGACUUACGACUACUACUCUCUAUGUACCUGUUCCAUUUAAACACCAUCGCCGACCGAAAUAUAAAACCAUAUAUUUGAACUCCCUCA